UCAAAAUCUCAAUUGUCAUGUCUAUAUUACGAAAUGUGAAUUAUCACAACUCGUCAAUUCUUCACAUAUCUUUUUUUAUUUUUUAUUCAUUAGUUAUUUUAUAUACAUUUGAAGCACAUGCACUGUAUGUAUGGAGAUGAGUAUAAAAUAUUUUUCUCAAGUUACUAUAAAUAAAAUAAAACGAGUUCUUUCAUGAUGUUGACAUUAUGGACAUGGGGCGCAAAUUCUCAUGGCCAACUAGGCCUCGAUAAGGUUAGCGAACAAGUGGAUACACCUACUAAAAUCUUAUUAAAUGAUUGUAAUAACGUUAAAAAAAUUGCUUGUGGGGGUGGGCAUACACUUCUUUUAGAUGAUGAUGGAAAACUUUUUGCGUGCGGUUGGAAUAGUAAAAAGCAAUGCGGACUUGAAAAUGAAGUCAACAAAUUUCAAAGGGUAUGGUCCUUGAGUGGUAUAAAAUUUACAAAUAUCUCGUGUGGUUGGGACUUCAGUUGUGGUGUUACUGAUGAUAAAUUCUUAUUUGUGUGGGGUUCCAAUAGCCAUGGGCAGUUAGGACUACCUAAAGAGCAGUUUCCUGAAUCAAUGAAACCUAUUAGGUUACAUGUAAACGCAUGUGCUGUAUCAAUGGGCUUGAGGCAUACUGCUAUUAUUAAUUCUAAGGGUGAAGUGUGGAUUACAGGAUGUAAUAAGCAUGGACAGCUUGGGCUUGGUAAAGAUGUGCUUUUUUCAGAUAGAUUUCAAAAAGUACCAGCUACUAAUAAACUAACACAUAUAGUGUGUGGUCAGAAUCACACGCUAGCAUGGUGCUCAGAGGAAAAAGCUCUGUAUGUUUGGGGAGAUAACAAGCAUGGUCAACUGUUACUGACAUCUGACAAGUAUAAAAAGAUUUACAAGCCUGAGAAAAUUGAUAUUGAUGUGAAGCAAAGGGUUAAAAAGCUUCUUAGUGGUUGGACCAAUGUUUUAUUAUGGUUGGAAGAUGGCGAGCUUCUUACAUGGGGCAGGAAUAAUUAUGGCCAGCUUGGUACAGAUAAGCCCUUUGAUGGGAGCAUCAUCCACAUAAAGUUACCAGAUGGCAGACAAGUUAAAGAUAUUGCCUUGGGGUCCGAACAUACAAUUUGUCUUGCAACAGACAAUUCACUGUGGGCUUGGGGAUGGAAUGAACAUGCAAAUACAGGAACAACAUCAGCAGAAUUAGUGUAUUUUCCAACAUUACUACCUUUAGAUCAUGUUGAUCUGAGAGUGAGCGAAAUAUAUGCUGGUGGUGCACAUAACUUUAUAGUAACUGAAAAUAAAGACAAUGAACAUGACAGCAGCAUGAGUUAAAAUAUUACGUAGUGAUAUUGAUUUUUUCGUAUGGACUACUAGCUUUUUUUGGUGAUUCCUUUUUGUUAAUAUAAGUACAUUUAACUGUAUAGAGGACUAACUUUUUACUACAUUCAUAGCGAAGAUGUUUAACAAAUUUACUCAUUCUUCAGUGGUAUCCUAGUCUAAUGUUUAACAUUAAUACUAGAUACAACAACUUGUUAUUGUUUAUCCUAUAAAAUAUUAAAAUUUAUAGAAUAAGUCUCAUUUUAACAACUGUGAUAAAGUAUUAAAUUUAUAAGAAAAACUUUAUUUUAAUUUUAAUAUACUAUCUAAAGUCCCCAUAUAAUUUAUGUUUACACAGUUUUGUAAGCAGUGCCAACAUCAAAAUGUAAUUUUUUACUAUUAUGCCUGUUGUAUUCUUGAAUAU